AGUUGAAUAAUCUCGUUUACUUUUAUUUAUGAGGAAUUCUCUGGAUUUUUUUAAAAUUACCUUGAUUUCGUGAAGGAGGUUUUCCCUGAUGGCUGCGAAUCGUUCCAGUUCCAAGUACAAUCAAGGCGUGUCGCAAGACCUGGUUGAUUCAGCGAGGACUGGCAAGCCUGUCAAGCUGUUUGCAUCCGUGGAAGAACUGAAAACAUACACUCUUGGGAAGCCGGGGAAAAUCUUUCCCAAGGAGAAUGCGUAUCAAGGCAGGUUAUUGAAAGAGUUGCUGAGGGAACUAACAGGCACGUACAAUGGGGUACGCGGCACGAAUGGGAGUGCGAAGAAGAAAAACAGAAAGAUGAAACAGAAGACCCCAAGGGCAGGAGGUGAACUGAACGGUGAACACGUGUUUAGUAGCGAAGACUGGCUGGAGCAGUGACCUGUCCUCAUUCACUUUUACUAUGUUUUCUGUACCAGUAGCAUGCGCAUUUCGAUUCGGCAACUUGUAAUACUUAUCUCAUACACAGAACUUUUGAAACAUCAAAUAUAAGCAAUUUCUCCUGC